GACGCGCGGGUGUGUUCGGAGAAUGAGACAAACAUAGUAUUACGAAGACGCCGACGACGACCCGGAGGACCCCUCCAGCGCCCGCCGCUUCCGGAACUCCGCCCGCCGCGUGAGCUUCGUCGGCCGGCCCGUGUGCCCCCGGAACUCGGGCGCGCGCCGCAGGUCGUCGAGGACCGCCACGUCGCCGGCGGCGGCGCGGAUGGCCGCGAGCUGCGCCUCGUCGCGGCAGAGCACUCCGGCCCACUUGCUUCUCAGUUCGUCGGGCGCCUCGGGCACCCAGUCCGUCGCCUCCACCAGGUCGCCGCCGCCCCCAACCAACUUGAGAACGUGGGACGUCGCCAGGGCGGCCGCGACGCCGACGUUCAGGCUGUCCGCGAAGCCGUGCUGCGGCACGUAGACCCGCCGGUCGCACGCCGCCAGGAGGUCGUUCGAGACGCCCGUCGACUCCGUGCCGAAGACGAGCGCCACCUGUGUGGAAAUCAACCAGCGUGUCGGGUGCUCAUUUCUCGGAUGACGCGGCCGUGCUCGCUCCGUCGAGCGGUGAGGAACCGGCAUCGCCACGCCAUCGAGCAGGCGUCGCAUCGAUGGCGUGGAGGUCGACGCGAAGAUUCAGCAACGCGCCGUAAAAUUUUGAUUUCCACACAGAGCGCCACGCGGUGCGGCAGCGGCCCGCGCAGCCACGGCGCGCCGUCGGCCAGGACCGACGCGUCCUGGCCCAGGUCCGAGCACCACAGCUCGCAGCGCGGCACGGCCCGCACCGCCGCGAUCACCUCCGCGUGGGACGCGAAGUCGCGCACGGACAGGAAGCGCGCGGCCCCCCUCCCGUGAACCGCGUGUUCCGCGUCGAGCGCGUCGUCCGCGGUCCAGGCGUCGGCCGCCUUCCGCCGCCGCCGGUCCUUGCGCGAGCCCGCCCGGACGGGCUGGUCGUCGGCGCGUCGGUUCGCGUCGUUCGCGGCGUAUUGCCUCGCUCGUUCCGCCUUCGCCUUCCGGCGGAGCGAGCUCCUGCUCUCGAAGCGCGCGGCCCCCGGGGGCGGUGCGACGACCCAGACGUGCUGGACGCCCAGGGCCUCGCAGGUCCGGAAGAUGGCGCUGUAGUUGUGGCCGUCCACGAGGCGCUCGAGCACGACGAUCAACCGGCUCGUCCGCCGCGCCAGCACCGUUUCUAUCCGCUUCGCGAGUCGUUCCGCGUCAUCGGCGCGCUCGAAGCGCUCCGGCGCGGCUUGAGAUUGCCGCAGCGUUGUUGUGACGCGCGGCGUCGGCGCGAGGAGCGCUCCAGCAAUGCAGGGCAGUGCGAGACAGCCUCUCAUCCUCCAGAGAAGUUGAGAGCAGCAAGGGUUAAGUCUAAACCCAUGCUCAUGGAUGGAGCCGGCCGAGCA